AUGGCAUCUUUUGUUUUCGGUAUUGCCGCUACGGCAUUAUUUUCCUCGGCAUCUGCUGCCACGGUGCGUCGCUCAACGCCCUCCCUGGGCAAUGUCUGCACCAAGGAAUACGUAGCAGCUCACCUUCCCAAAGAUGGCUUCUACAACGGCCUCAGCUUCGACAGCUCUGCAGUAACGGCCAAUGCAGUCACGAAUGCUUCCGUUUCUGGAAAUGUCAUGUAUCCGGACGCCAACUUCGACUACUGCAACGUGACUCUAACCUUUUCGCAUGACGGUCGCGACGACGACACGGUCAAGUUGACCGCGUGGCUUCCGGCUCCCCGGGACUUCAAGAACCGCUACCUUGCUACCGGCGGUGGCGGCUACGCCAUCAUGGGGUCUCAAUCCCUUCCAGGCGGCGUCAUGUACGGUGCCGCUACAACGCUUACUGAUGGUGGCUUUGGCGCGGAUGCUUCCAAUGUCCUUCCUCAGUUCCUGGAUGCCAAUGGAACUCAAGACUGGACCAAGAUAUACGCCUUUGGGUACAAGGCAAUCCACGACCAAAUCCUCGUCGGCAAGGCAUUCGCCAAACUGUUCUACAACAUGACUGCCGAUGACAAGCUCUACUCAUACUAUCAGGGCUGCUCUGAGGGUGGUCGCGAGGGCUGGAGCCAGGUCCAGCGCUUUACGGAUCUUGACGGUGCCGUUAUCGGCGCUCCCGCAUUCCGCUUCGCUUUCCAGCAAGUGCAGCACCUAUACGCAGGCGUCGUCGAGCAAACAAUGGGCUACUAUCCACCUCCUUGUGAGCUCCUUGCCAUCAUGAAUGCCACCAUCAAGGCCUGUGACGCGCUCGAUGGCCGAGAAGAUGGCGUCGUUUCCCGCAAUGACCUGUGCAACUUCCAUUUCGACAUCGAUUCCACCCUGGGCACGUCGUACUCGUGCGCCGCAACUUCCAGUACCCCCGCUCAAUCUGGCAAGGUGUCGGCCAAGGCCAUCAAAGUGGCCAAAAAGAUCCUCGAAGGCCUUCACACCAGUGACGGGAAGCGCGCUUAUUUCACAUACACUCAGUCUAGCACCUGGACUGAUGCCCAGACGACCUGGAACAAAGCUACCCAAUCCUGGACCAUGACGCCGACUGGGCUGGGUGGAACUUUUGUCGAGACAUUGCUCAAACUUUUGAAAGUCUCUAGUUACAACAUGCCCAACUUGGACGGCGUCACCUAUGACACCCUGCGAGACUGGAUCUGGGAUGGCUGGAAUCAGUAUAAUGAUGUACUCAUGACCAACUGGCCUGACCUAAGCCGCUACCGCGACUCUGGAGCUAAAAUCUUGCAUUACCAUGGAGAAUCCGACUUUAGCAUUCCCACGGCCUCUUCGGUCCGGUAUUGGGAGUCUGUCCGGUCCGUUCUCUACCCAAACCUGAGCUACAAGGAGGGUGCCGCAGCCAUGGAUGAAUUUUACCGCCUCUUCUUAGUCCCGGGAGGCUCGCACUGUUCGACCAACGCCUACGAGCCCAAUGGACCGUGGCCACAGACUAACUUGGCUGUCAUGAUUGACUGGGUUGAGAGGGGUGUGGAUCCCAAGACGCUGAAUGCUACUGUGCUGCAGGGCAAGGAUAAGGGAACCAAUCAGCAGAUUUGUGGAUGGCCUCUUCGGCCUUUGUGGACCAACGGAGGGAAGAAGAUGAACUGUGUCUAUGACCAGAAGUCUAUCGAUAACUGGCACUACGAUCUGGAUGCCUUCCCUAUGCCUGUUUACUAA